UUGCUUGAGAAUUUUUGGAGCAAGCUACCUCCCUUCACUUCAAGGCUUCAGUCUUCAGAAGUAACACUACUAACAGUUAGUUCAGUGAAACUUGAAAGUCAAGCACUAAAUAACUAGAGCUGGGAACUAUUUUCAGUCACGCAUGCCCGUGUAUUUUCGGCGUCUGUGUGCUGCUUAGUUUGGUAAUAGACUGGCUCUCAUACCAGAGUACUAGUAGUUCCUGGGAAUCAAUCGGAUUGCCGGAGCCAUGGAGGAAGAAUACGAGAGUUUGCCCACCAACAAGAUCUCAUCCCAGUUACUGGCUGGCGCGGCUGCUGGUAUAGCUGAGCAUUCAGUAAUGUAUCCAUUCGACGUCGUCAAGACGAGAAUGCAGUCUCUGCGUCCUCAUCCCGUGGCGGACUACAGAGGCGUUGGUCAUGCUGUGACCCAGAUCGUUCAGCUUGAAGGUUUGCGGACGCCGUUCCGGGGCCUAUCGGCAGUGGUGGUGGGCGCUGGACCUGCACACGCGCUCUACUUUGCUGCCUACGAGUCGAUCAAGCGAACCCUGUCGCCCGAUAAUCCGGGCCAGAGCUCUGCUGCUAACCUAUGCGCUGGUGCUGUUGCGACUCUCAUCCAUGAUGGCUUCAUGAAUCCCGUUGACGUAAUCAAACAGCGAAUGCAAAUGUAUGGUAGUCCACAUCGUAACAUCGCCCACUGCAUCAAGACUACAUUCCGCACGGAGGGAAUGCGAGCGUUCUACCGCAGCUACACGACCCAGUUAACAAUGAAUAUUCCCUUCCAGUGUACGCAGUUCGUCGUCUAUGAGAAGCUCCGGCGGGUAUUAAACCCCAGCGGCCAGUACAAUCCAUUGGUUCAUAGUGUGGCAGGGGCAGGCGCUGGCGCGUGUGCCGCCGCCUUGUCCAAUCCGCUCGACGUCGCCAAGACUCUGCUCAACACGCAGGAGGCGUCCGUUCGCCAAGUGACCGGCCGCGAGCACGUCAGCGGCAUGCUGCUGGCAAUGCGUACGAUCUACGCUCAGAAUGGCCUUGCCGGCUAUAGCCGUGGGCUGAGCGCUCGUAUUCUCUAUCAGAUGCCGGCGACGGCUGUUUCUUGGUCAGUGUACGAGCUGCUGAAGUAUCUCUUACACUUACAUCCGGAGGAUCGGAUACCGCAACCACCUCCAGCUAGUCACGAGAAGCAAGACAGUGUCCGGACAUCUUGAUUUCGUAGGAUUGCAUUGCCGGUAUUUAACGGUGCGUGUCCGUCCGUGCUCCCAGAUCUAUUUUCUGACGGCAUGGAUGUGUUGUGCCGUGUCACUACUUGGCCGCGUUGCUAUCCCAAGGCCACACACACGGUUCGGCCUGCGCAGAGCACUGCUAUUUUCCUCCACAAUGCUGCGUCAUUGUAUGGCACUGCCAUAUCUUGCCAGUUAGACCACAGUUGUUUUUAGAUCCUGUCUUGCUCAUAAAAUAUAGCAGCAAUUCUACUGAUAAACACUUCCUUGAUGGAAAGCUAGGGAUUUCAUAAAUUUUAAAAUUACAGUUCGCGUUUGUCUGAUGUCAUUAGAGAAGAUUCGCGACAUUUUUUUGCGUGACGACGUGACUCACUCGAUCGGAUGUCAUCGAGCAGCACUGUACUUUGGACAUUUGGGGUGCAGUAGACUAGACAACGUUAGUAGAGGCCAGUUAUCAGCGCUGCAGCGUGUCUAUGCACAUAAUUGUACAUGAUUGUACACUCACUUGAAGAAUUAUGCUCUGCCUACAAAUGAUGCGCCCAGUGUGCUGAA